ACAACAACAACAACAAUAUUUUCGUCCUCCUUAGCAGACAUAUUUACAAGAACUCCACUUCUGGCGAAUAAACCCGAGGAAACUGAGAAACUAACUCUUUUUAACAUCCCAAAAGAUCCUUCUUCUUGUCGUCACAUCUGACUCCUGUCCCGGGACCCUGGUGCUCGGCUGCGGCCCGGCGGCGGCUAACAACAGAGGCUAACUUCCAGGAAAGCUUCGUCGCAGGCGAUUUCAACCUCGACCUGCUGCUGCAAACACGGUGCUGGAGCAGCAGCCUCCCCGUUAGGAGGAGGUAUACCGUCACCGGGGAGCUGGAGGUAAUGACUGCGUUGGCGGGGUCAAUACCCAGGAUGAUGCGACCUACGCUGGCUCAGAACUACCCCCGCAGUGGCUUCCCCCUGGAAGUUUCUACCCCGUUGGGUCAAGGCCGUGUGAACCAGCUCGGAGGAGUGUUCAUCAACGGCAGACCUUUGCCCAACCACAUCCGACACAAGAUCGUGGAGAUGGCGCAUCACGGCGUCCGGCCGUGUGUCAUCUCCCGGCAGCUCCGGGUCUCCCACGGCUGCGUGUCCAAAAUCCUGUGCCGGUACCAGGAGACCGGCUCCAUCAGACCCGGGGCCAUCGGGGGAAGCAAACCCAAGCAGGGGACCACGCCGGACGUAGAGAAGAGAAUAGAAGAAUACAAGCGGGAAAACCCGGGUAUGUUUAGCUGGGAGAUUCGGGAUAAAUUACUGAAGGAUGGGAUAUGUGACCGCAACAACGUUCCUUCAGUGAGCUCCAUCAGCCGCACGAUGCGCAGUAAGUUCGGGGGGAAAGGCGACGAAGAGGAGGAUGAAGAGGAAAUGGAGAGGAAAGAGUUGGAGGAGAGCGACCGGAGGGCCAAACACAGCAUCGAAGGCAUCUUAGGAGACAGAUCGAGUCACUCAGAUGAGGGUUCGGAAGUGGAGUCAGAGCCCGAUCUGCCGCUGAAGAGGAAGCAGCGGCGCAGUCGCACCACCUUCACGGCAGAGCAGCUGGAGGAGCUGGAGAGGGCCUUCGAGAGGACACACUACCCCGACAUCUACACCAGGGAGGAGCUCGCACAGAGGGCCAAACUCACCGAGGCCCGGGUCCAGGUUUGGUUCAGCAACAGGCGGGCGAGGUGGAGGAAGCAGGCAGGAGCCAGUCAGCUGAUGGCUUUCAACCACCUGAUCCCGGGGGGGUUCCCACCUUCAGCCAUGUCCAGCAUCCCCCCCUACCAGCUCUCUGACAGCUCCUACGCCCCCUCAUCUAUAGCACAAGUGUCGGAGCCCCCCAGCACGGUGCAUCGGCCCCAGCCUCUCCCUCCCUCCUCGGGCCACCAAGGCUCCGGUGGCGGAGGGCAGGUAGAAGGAGGCUCGCCUUACUGCCUCGCCUCCGGACGACACUCCUUCUCAGGCUACUCGGACGGCUUUGUGAGCGCCGGAGGACCGUCCAAUCCCAUGAACCCCGCCUUAGGAAACGGACUCUCUCCACAGGUGAUGGGUCUGCUGAACCCGGGCGGCGUGCCACAUCAGCCCCAAAGCGACUACGCCAUCUCCCCUCUGACGGGUGGCCUCGAACCCCCUGCCGGCAUGGCCGCCAGCUGCAGCCAGCGCAUGGAUCACAUCAAGGGCCUGGAGGGUCUCACCAGCGUUCCCUCCAUGGCGGCUCUGCCCUCCCUGCCCAGCUCCCAGUCCUACUGCCCCCCCUCCUACAGCUCACCGGGCUACACCGUCGACCACGUGGCGUCCUACCAGUACGGCCAGUACGGACAAAGUAAGGUGCCCUUUCUUAUCUGAGGCCUGAAAUCACCUGAUCCGCAGCGUCGGACGUCACACAGGGACAUUUAUGUGUACAGCCACGGACAUCUUUUCAUAUCUGGACCAAAAUCUAUUUUGCUAGCAUUUACCAGGACAUAUUCUCUGCUGCAGGACAUUAUGUUAUUCAUUCAAUGGACAAAAAAAAUAAAAGGGACCACAAGAAGGAAUAUCAGACCAAAAACGUUUGAUUGAAUUUGAACAAAAACUGUUGAUUGACGGCAGAGACGCCAGCGCUUAAUGAGGUUGGUGUUCUCCGACCGGCUAACCGUGCCGUGACGAGGCACAUUCCACCGCCGACUCCAGGGGACCAAACACCACGCGUGGACUCGGCCUGUGGGGUCUUUGUGAGGACAGCAAACCCAAAUGUCUUCGUCAUAAUCUGCCAUCCUUUGAGGCGAUGCUUGAAGGAUUAUGUUUACAUAUUUUAGAGCCACGUGUAUAAAAUUCCAUGUAUCCCCAAUUUAAUCCCCAAAUUGUAUCUGCUGAACGGGGAAAGGAAAAGGGCUUUGUUGAUUUUUCUUUUUGCAUUUAUUUGAGUUUUCCUCAUCCCACACAUGGAGAGCAUUUGGAGACAGAAGAAACCCAAACGUGAGCAAUCAGAAAGCUCUAAUGUACGCCACAGCUGUACCGCUAACAUCGCUCCUCCCCCUCUGUCUCCCCCUCUGUCUCCCCCUCCUCUCGCCUUUCUGUCUCACUCCUUCUAUCUCAUUGAUGUUUCGGACGGUGAAGCAUGGAUCCCGGCCUUUUGUAGUUUCCGAGAGGAACUCGGAGGAGGUCAAGGGGUGACUUUAGGGAAAGUGACAGAUGAGAGAGCAGUAGAGGAGGGCGGCGGAAGAUUGGCUUUAAAGGAAGGCAGUGGGGGGGGGAUAGGCAAGAUCGAUCACAGGGUUAAAAAGCCUUUAAAGAUCCUCUCCUGGACAGAACGAGCCACCAGGUCACAAGUCACGACUGAGAGACACUUGAGAAAGAGAGUUUAGACUGACGACAGCCAUUCUCCCAGCUGACCAGAAGUGCAAUAUCAUGUAUCUGAGAGUCGAGCUCAUCGUUAAAACAACAAUAAAACAAGAAACGUGCCGCUUAAAGUCUUACCAAACACUUUAACUCUCUGGCUCAGGUUUGGGACUUUGCAGAGGAACAUGUGACUUUGUGUCUUUACACAUUCGUGAGGACUUAAGUCAGAGUAUCAUGAGAGCAAAGCACGAAGCGAAGGAAGGCCAACGCAAACAGGAAGACACCAGGAUGACGAAGCCAAAACUCAACUUUCUUUUUCUUUGUGUUGCUCGGGAACUUUUUUAACUUGUUUCCAUUUUGCAGACGAAUGAAAACAUUGAUUCGGUUUGUAACUGACAUAUUUAUUGUCUCAAAUGUUCUGUGUCGUUGUAAAACUUCCCACAAUGUACAAGUGAGUGGCAAUACCCCCCCCGUCAGAACAGCUUGUUCUGAGCGUCUGUUAGAAGCUUUUCAUUCCUUUGGUAUAUUUUUUCUAUUAUUUGACAAAGCGAUGUGACAUAACGUCACGUGUACAAGCGCAUUAUCACUACUAUUUAUAAUGAA